CCUCACGCAGCAGCCUCCCAGGCAGGCGGCAGGCAGCAAGCGAGCUGGGUCGGGGCUCCUCUCUCCGCCUGCCUUGGAAAGCAAAGCCUCCUUCCCUCCCUUCCUCUGGACUAAGCCCUCAACUUUGGAAGGGGAACGGGGUCUCGUUGCCCACCUGCCCAGGUUUGGGAAGCUGCUGCUGACGUUGCCACCUUUGCCGCCACCCUUGUGCUACCUCCAGUGUUGCCGAGAGGAUCUACUCCGCUUGUCAACUCAUGGCGGGGAUACUUUGACCACUUGGUUAUUGCUGGGCCUUUUCCUCCUCUUUUUGGGGGACAAGAAGAAGAGGCACUCAUUCCCGCCGCUCCACCUGCCUUUGACAAGAGGUUCUUCCAAAGCCUGAAGAUACAUCCCUGAGGCCAGCGUGGAUCUACACAAAGAGCCUCCCAAUAUCCACUUGGGCGUUUCUAAGCAAAGCAAUUACUGGGUGUAAAGUCUGGAAAUUCUGGAAAAAGCAGAAAAGGGUGUGUAUAGACCUUAAGAUAAGCUCCCGAGCAUCAAGACUUGUUUUGCACCAUGCUUAUUCCAAAAAACCAAAUUCCAGGGAAGAUGGCAGUUCCUGUUAGCAAGGGAUUGCAACGCAGUGUCAACACAGACAACUGGAUCUAAAAGCAAAGGAGCAAAAGACAGGAUACAAGGGGCAAGAACUAUUGUAAGGGAAGAGUGGAGCCAGCUCGGGGCGGCUUAUGGUGGCACCCUUGGGAUUUAUUUACCUACAGAAAGGAUAUCAGAAGACACCCAAGUCGCAGCAUGUAAAAGAGCUCCUUUCGGUUUCUAAGAGGUGUUGAGGUCUUUAGGAAGGUCAAUGGGCAAAAGAGGAAGAACAGGAGGAGGAGGAGGAAGGCUACGCUGAGAAGCACAGUCUGAGAUCAGUGGGCUCCGACGUCCGCCAGCCGUUUGUUUGAAUCCAAGAGACAGGGCUAAAGGUUUUCUAACCCCAGGAUAAGCUACCACCCCGUGUGCCAUGGCGAGCACCUCGCCCACAGCCGCUGUGGUGACGGCCACCGUUGUGACCACAGCGGCCACCAUGGACUUGCGUGACUGGCUCUUCCUCUGCUACGGCUUAGUGGCUUUUCUGAGCGAGGUGAUUGACAGCACCACCUGCCCGUCAGUCUGUCGCUGUGACAACGGCUUCAUCUAUUGCAAUGACCGGGGUCUGACCUCCAUCCCGGCUGACAUCCCCGACGAUGCCACCACCCUCUACCUGCAGAACAAUCAGAUCAAUAACGCCGGCAUCCCUUCCACAUUGAAGAAGAAGAUCAAUGUUCAGGUCAUCUACCUCUAUGAAAAUGACCUGGAUGAAUUCCCCAUCAACCUGCCCCGUUCCUUGAGGGAGCUCCAUCUCCAGGACAAUAAUGUCCGCACCAUCGCCCGGGACUCCUUGGCACGCAUCCCGCUGCUGGAGAAGCUGCACCUGGAUGACAACUCCGUCUCCACCGUCAGCAUCGAAGACGACGCCUUUGCGGACAGCACGCGCCUCAAGCUGCUUUUUUUGUCCCGCAACCACCUCAGCAGCAUCCCCUCCGGCCUGCCCCGCACCCUGGAGGAGCUCCGGCUGGACGACAAUCGCAUCUCGACCAUCCCGCUCCAUGCCUUCAAGGGGCUCAACAGCCUGCGGCGCCUCGUGCUCGACGGCAACCUUUUGGCCAACCAGCGCAUUGCGGACGACACCUUCAGCCGCCUGCAGAACCUCAGCGAGCUCUCGCUGGUGCGGAACUCUCUGGCAGCGCCCCCUCUCAAUCUCCCCAGCGCCCACCUGCAGAGGCUUUACCUCCAAGACAACGCCAUCAGCCACAUCCCCUACAACACCCUUUCUAAGAUGCGGGAGUUGGAGAAGCUUGAUCUGUCCAACAACAACUUGACCACGCUGCCCAAGGGUCUCUUUGAUGACCUGGACGGCCUCUCUCAGCUCCUGCUGAGGAACAACCCCUGGUACUGCGGGUGCAAUCUCAUGUGGUUGAGGGACUGGGUCAAGGCCCGGGCUGCAGUGGUGAAUGUGAGGGGGCUGAUGUGCCAAGGGCCUGAUAAGGUCAGAGGCAUGGCCAUUAAGGACAUAACCAACGAGAUGGAUGAGUGCUUUGAGGCGGGCCCACAGAGCAAUCCAGGGGUGGUUGUGGCAGCCAAGACAACCGCGAGCAAUGCUGCCGUCACAACCCCACAGGGCUCCCUCUUCACCCUCAAGUCCAAGAGGCCUGGCAUCCAACUGCCCGAUUCAAACAUUGACUAUCCAAUGGCCACUGGAGCGGGAGCCAAAGCUUUGGUCCUCAACGUCAAGCCGUUGACCGCCGACAGCAUCCGCAUCAGCUGGAAGGCCAUGCUGCCAGCGUCCUCUUUUCGCCUCAGUUGGCUGCGUUUGGGCCACAGCCCAGCUGUGGGUUCUAUUACAGAGACCCUGGUACAAGGAGAUAAGACGGAGUACUUGCUGACGGCCCUGGAACCCAAGUCAACCUACAUCAUCUGCAUGGUCACCAUGGAAACAGGCAGUACAUAUGGGCCUGACGAAACCCCCGUAUGUGCCAAGGCCGAGACAGCAGACAUGUACAGCCCCACAACCACCCUCAACCAUGAACAAAACAUGGACCCGUUGGCUGGGCUGCCAUUAGCAGGGAUCAUUGGUGGAGCAGUAGCCUUGGUCUUCCUCUUCCUGGUCUUGGCAGCCAUUUGCUGGUAUGUCCACCGGACAGGAGACCUGCUGACCCGUGAACGAGGCAGUCGGAAGAAAGACGACUACGUGGAAUCGGGCACCAAGAAGGAUAAUUCCAUCCUGGAAAUACGCGGGCCGGGUUUGCAGAUGCUGCCGAUCAAUCCACACCGGGCAAAGGAAGAUUCUUGGAUCCGAAGUCAACAGCUUCCUCCCAUCUCUCCAGGGGCCAACUGAGCUCUCUAGCGAUCAUCGAAAUCUGGGAACUGCCAACCAACUGGAAAGACCAUGAGCAGCCACUAUAAUUUCUGUUGCACACUUUGUUUUCUUUUUUAAUGGUAAAACUGUCUGCCAGCAAUGAUUAUGGUAGGAUAUGCAACUGAAGGCCACGAUUUGCAUUGAGCCCUUCGGAUUGAAGUGGGGACCUUACUCCACUGCCUUGAUCAAGCUGUUAAGGAGGCCCUUUGCAAAAACUGACAAGGAUGAAACUGAAGACACUUCGGAUACAAGCAACCCCUUUUGCUCUUGAUGCCUGAGCACUACGUAUUUCCUCUGCCUACAGAUAAGAGCCCAGGAUCCCCAUUCGGACUCUCUCCACCAGUAUAAGGGUGUUCUCUGUCUCCCCUCUUUUAUUUGUCUUUUUUUUUUUUUUUUUGGUCUCCAGAGAAACCAAAGUGCUCUCUUUUGUGUGCCCUUUGGCCUCCUUCUCAUUUUAGGUGCCUUGAAAAUUUUCAAAAUGUUUUAAAAAGAAAGAAUGUGUUGCAAGUUCCCUUUGUCCUGUUUUAUCCCCCCACCCUUGUUUUUCAUAGAAAAAAAAAGUACAAGUUUAAAAAAUGAUACUUAUUAAAAACACAUUUAAAAAAAACCCUUGCCCUUUCUUGGAAUAAAAUAGAAAAGAUUUAACUUUGACAGAAGUCUUGGUGGUGUCACUUGAUGGUGGUGGUUUGGGAGGAGCAUGCAAACUGUGUGGUCAAUGGCAAGUGUGGCCAAACUAUAAUGUGGAGGCACUACAACUUCAGAAUAAAAAAACAGGGGAAUCCCAGACAAGAAACAAUCUGGGCCAGCUAACACCUCUCAACAAAGGAUUCCCUUAUUCCUUUGUUAUAUGUUUAUUAUGUUUUAAAUGUGUUUUUAGUUGGUGAACUCUGUUGUUGCUGAGCUUGGUCCCGCUUGUAAGCUGCCCCGAGUCCCUUCGGGGAGAUGGUGGCAGGAUAUAAAAAAAAUAAAGUUAUUAUUAUCCCCA